UUUAGGCAGCAUAUCGAAAGCAAGAGAAAGCAGAGUCUCAAAGGAACAACUAAAAAUGAAUCCCAGUUUCGAAGAGAUGUGGAAUGGUUCUAACUCUCCAGAGAAUACAGAAGUUGAAGACAACAUCUUUGCAUCGAUGCAGCCGUAUCGCGUGCCACUCUCAAUGUCGUCGGGCAGCGACUUGCGUAUGGCGAUGGCCUAUCGGAAGGCGCAUGCGUGGAAUGUCAUUGAGGCGACCAAUGAAAUGGAGAUGAUCAGCACGAAGACGAUUUGCAGGAAAUGCCUGCUGCAUACCAAGGUCUGCCGCACCUACGGCCAUAAUCUGAAGAAGUACGAAAUGGAUCUGCAGCUAGCCAGAGCCAGGGUCAAGAAAUGA